AUGGCUGGCACACGAUUUGCUGAGGAACCGCCUCAGGUCAUCAACCAGGCUGACCUCGAAGUCGCCAACGAGAAGCUCGAGUCCCGCGACGAGCGCAACGUCAUUGACGGUACCAGCGCUAGCGAUACAGCAGCUUCAAAAGAGCACGACCCAACCAUUGAUCACUCGGAGCACCUGAACGGCAACGGCGCCCUCAAUGGCAACGGUAACGGCGCCAAGCUGGAGAAGCUAGGCACCUAUGACAAGUACGAAAUUACCGAGGACGACUGUUACGAAGAGCUGGGCUUCUGCUUCCCUAAGUGGAAAAAGUGGUACAUCCUCACCGUCAUCUUCUGGGUCCAGGUAUCGAUGAACUUCAACACCUCGCUUUACUCCAAUGCCAUCGGCGGCAUCUCGGAGGAGUUCAACGUCAGCGCCCAGGCCGGUCGCUGCGGUGCCAUGAUCUUCCUCGUGCUUUACGCCUUUGGCUGCGAACUUUGGGCCCCGUGGUCAGAGGAGUUUGGCCGCUGGCCGGUUCUCCAGCUUUCGCUAUUCCUCGUCAAUAUUUGGCAGAUUCCCGUGGCUCUGGCGCCCAACUUUGCGACCAUCAUGGUUGGUCGCGCCUUGGGCGGUUUGUCGUCCGCUGGUGGCUCCGUCACACUCGGUAUGAUUGCCGAUUUGUUCGAGUCCGACAAGCAGCAGUACGCUGUCGCAUAUGUCGUCUUCUCCUCAGUCGGAGGAUCCGUUCUUGGUCCCAUCGUGGGUGGCUUCACCGAGGAAUACUUGCACUGGAGAUGGUCCAUCUGGGUCCAGCUCAUUUUUGGAGUUGCGGUCCAGGCUGUCCACGCCCUUACCGUUCCUGAGACACGCACAACUAUCAUGAUGAACCGCAUCGCCAAGAGGCGCAGAAAGGAGGGCAACUCCAACAUCUGGGGUCCCGACGAGCUCGUCCCCUUCAAGGACCGCUUCUCGGCCAAGGAGGUCAUCACGACCUGGAUCCGUCCCUUCAAGAUGUUCCUCACCGAGCCUAUCGUUCUGGUGUUGUCACUUCUCUCCGGUUUCUCUGACGCACUCAUAUUCAUGUUCAUCCAGUCGUUCGUUCUCGUCUAUGGACAGUGGAACUUCACCACCGUUCAGGUUGGGUUGGCCUUCAUUCCCAUUGGUAUCGGCUAUGUUCUCGCAUGGCUCCUCUUCAUCCCUGCCAUCAAGCGCAACAUCAAGGAGCGUGCGGCCAAACCGAACGAUGAUAGAGCACAGUACGAGUCUCGUCUUUGGUUCCUUCUGUACACCGCGCCUUGCUUGCCUAUUGGCUUGAUUGGUUUUGCCUGGACUAUUCAGGGACCUCCCAUCCACUGGAUCGGCUCUAUGGUCUUCGCAGCCAUUGUUGGUAUCGCCAAUUACGCCAUCUACAUGGCCACCAUUGACUACAUGAUCUGUGCCUACGGACCAUACUCCGCGUCAGCAACUGGCGGCAACGGUUGGGCCCGUGACUUCCUUGCAGGUGUCCUUACCGUCCCUGCCACGCCCUUCUUCACCAACAUUGGCGCAGGUACCGGAAAGAACCUUGAGUAUGCUUGCACGAUCCUGUUCUGCGUCUCAUUCAUUCUCGUCGUCGCUGUCUAUGUCAUCUACUGGAAGGGUCCUACCUUGCGCGCACGCUCGCCGUUCGCUCAGAAGCUGGCCGGCGCCAGAGAUGAUGCGGGCGGUCGUCGCGUCAGCCAUGUUGGAGGUGCGGACAGGCGCGCGAGUGUUGCCUCCGGCGCUUCUGGUGCUGAGCGCCCUGAUCGUCCGGCGUACGGACGUUCUUACAGCCAAAAUUCGCGCUUCUUUGGCGAGAACCGUGUGACGCCUCGCGGCACUCCCAGAGGCACUCCCUCUGCGAGCAGACGUAACAGUUAUGUUGGUACCAGGCGCCAGGUCGCAAAGUAA